AUGGUCCUUCUCAAGGCAAAGUUCUCCUUCCAGAGGCGUGUGAAGCUUGCACAGACCCUAUGGCUUCUCUCGUGGGUCAGCAUCUUGGUGAGCUGCUUGACUUUCGGAAUGGGGGUCUUCCUCAAGGUUCAGCUAUGGAUACACAACGAGGUGAUGGAUAACACAGCAGCUCAUGCCGUCCCUAAUACUGUGAUUACAGCAGGGCUAGUGGGUGUUUUGCUUGGUUUGUAUGCAGGGAAGAUCAGCCAGGACUCACUGGACGUUACUAAAUACCCUCGUUGGAAGCCCCUAAUGAUUCCAUUUUUUUGCAUAUCCAUCUUAAGCUGCUUCCUCUGCCUCGCUGCUCUAAUACUUAGUGUAGCCAUGAGAGGAACUCUGGAGGACUCCUUGAAGAUUGGACUGAGGAACGGGAUUCGAUUUUACAAGGACACAGACACCCCGGGACGUUGCUACCAAAAAAGGACCAUGGACAAGCUGCAGAUGGAUUUCCAGUGCUGUGGGAAUAAUCACUACAAAGAUUGGUUCGAGGUGCAGUGGAUCAGCAACCGUUACUUGGACUUCAGCUCCAAGGAAGUCAAAGAUCGUAUAAAGAGUAACGUGGAUGGCCGGUACCUGAUGGACAGUGUCCCAUUCAGCUGCUGUAACCCUAACUCCCCCCGACCUUGUAUCCAGGUGCAGAUCACCAAUAACUCAGCCCACUACAGCUACAGCUACCAGACAGAUGAGCUGAACAUCUGGGUGAGGGGCUGCAGAGAGGCUCUGUUGUGUUACUACACUGGAAUCAUGGCCACUGAUGGAGCCGCCGUUUCCCUUUCCUUCUUUUUACAGGCCGCUGUCCUGGUCAGCUUGCGCUACCUACAGACAGCGAUGGAGAAGAUAAACAGUGCGGAGGAGAUGGAGGUGGAUUCAGAAGGCUACCUCUUAGAAAAAGGAAUCAGUGAAACCCUGAGCAGCAGCCUGGAAAAAACCAAAGCUCUUUUCAAAACCAACCAAGUUGAGACUGGAGGGGGAGAGGCCGGCGGCAGCUAAACAUCCCAUAACAGGGGGCGGGAAUGGACGAUCAUGGGGUGUAGAGACUGUAGCGAUAGCCCAGUGCUGCUUGUAAAUAUUAAUGAUCCAUCCUCCAUAUGGAAGAUGCAGGUGAGGGGCCCUCAGUGUUUUGUGCUGCCCCCUGUAGGUGGGAGAGAUGAGGUUAUUAGACAGGAAUCUGUAAUUGGGGGCACACUUCGUAGAGAUUCUAUGCUGCCCCCUGUAGGUGGGAGAGAUAAGGUUAUUAUUGGGGGGCACACUUCGUAGAGAUUCUAUGCUGCCCCCUGUAGGUGGGAGAGAUAAGGUUAUUAUUGGGGGGCACACUUCGUAGAGAUUCUAUGCUGCCCCCUGUAGGUGGGAGAGAUAAGGUUAUUAUUGGGGGCCACACUUCGUAGAGAUUCUAUGCAGCCCCCUGUAGGUGGGAGAGAUAAGGUUAUUAUUGGGGGACACACUUCAUAGAGAUUCUAUGCUGCCCCCUGUAGGUGGGAGAGAUGAGAUUAUUGGGGGGGGCACACUUCAUAGAGAUUUUAUACUGCCCCUGCAGGUGGGAGAGGUGAUGGGCAUUAGGUUGUCAUUCAAAUCUGUAGUUGCCAAAAAGUAGAUUUAACAAAAACAAGAAUAAAAAAAGAGAAACUGCAA